GCUGCUUCUCAUCAGAAUCAUAUCCCAGUUGAGGUUGAAACACGCCUCGGUAAAAUUCGAGGUCAAGAGUCAAUAUUUCUUCACAAACGGGUUCGCUCAUUUCUGAGUGUUCCAUUCGCUGAGCCUCCAAUCGGUGAGCAGCGAUUUCGGCCCCCUAAGCCGAAGAAACCAUGGAAUCAAACAAUAACUGCUAACACAUUUGUCACCGGCUUGCUAUCAGGUAUAGAUAUGUUUAAUUUUGGGUGUAAACGAAAAAAUGAAAAGGAAAAUUGUGGCCCGUUUUGUACACUCUUUUACAAUGAUGCCGUUUUUACCUCAUUUUUCUUUACUUUAACCGUGGUACCUCGCACGUAA